GGUGUCAUUGUGCUGCCCAUGUGAUUUGCCCUGGCCGUUUGUUCAAUGGAUGUGCCUGUGUCUCCAAAUCACAGGAAACGGUAGACUAGAAGCAAAUAUGUGUCCAUUUGAGAUUAUCUUAUAGAAACCAUGACGUUGGAGAUGCCCAUGAAAUUAGCAGUGCACAGUGGAUGGAAGAGGCAGCUACAUUGCUAGCUAGUGAUUCAUGAAGGACACACUUAAGACAUCCAGAUAAUGACCUUUUCAGAUUUCCUUGGGGCAUUGAAGGACAAUCCCUACUUUGGGGCUGGCUUUGGACUGGUUGGUGUGGGCACGGCGCUGGCAGUUGCCAGGAAGGGGGCACAGAUAGGCAUGGUCUUCUUUAGGCGGCAUUACAUGAUCACGCUGGAGGUUCCCAGCAGAGAUAAGAGUUACCACUGGUUGCUGAGCUGGAUUACCAAACAUGCCAAGCAUACACAGCAUCUAAGCGUGGAGACCUCAUACUUACAGCAUGAGAGUGGACGGGUCCACACACAGUUUGACUUCCACCCAAGUCCUGGUAACCACAUCAUUUGGUAUGGAAGUAAGUGGAUCAGAGUGGAGAGGACCCGAGAGAAGCAGAUGGUGGAUCUGCAUACAGGAACUCCUUGGGAGUCUGUAACGUUCACAGCUCUUGGUAGAGACAGGCAGAUAUUCUUCAACAUACUUCAGGAAGCACGAGAGCUGGCUCUGAAGCAGGAGGAAGGCCGCACUGUGAUGUACACUGCUCUGGGAGCAGAAUGGAGGCCAUUUGGGUUUCCCCGCCGUCGCCGCCCUUUGUCUUCUGUUGUCCUGGAUCAUGGGGUGGCUGAGAGGAUUGUGGAUGAUGUUAAGGAAUUCAUUAAUAAUCCAAAGUGGUAUACUGAUAGAGGGAUCCCUUAUAGAAGAGGAUAUCUACUGUAUGGACCACCAGGCUGUGGAAAGAGCAGCUUUAUAACAGCCCUUGCUGGGGAGUUAGGUUACAGCAUCUGUUUGAUGAGUCUGAGUGACCGCAGUCUAUCAGAUGACCGGUUGAACCACCUGCUGAGUGUGGCUCCACAGCAGAGCAUAAUUUUGCUGGAAGACGCGGAUGCUGCCUUCGUCAGUCGAGAGCUUCUGCCUACUGAGAACCCGAUGGCCUACCAAGGCAUGGGAAGACUCACCUUCAGUGGCCUUCUUAAUGCUUUGGAUGGAGUGGCUUCUUCAGAGGCUAGAAUUGUCUUCAUGACUACUAACUUUAUUGAGAGACUUGACCCAGCUCUAAUAAGACCUGGUCGUGUGGACCUGAAGCAGUAUGUUGGCCACUGCACACACUAUCAACUGACCCAGAUGUUCCGGAGAUUCUACCCGUUGGAGCCUGCAACUGAGGGGGAAAGAUUUGCAGAGCAAGCACUAAGUGUUCACAAAGAGCUCAGUGCAGCUCAAGUGCAAGGCCACUUCAUGCUUUAUAAAAUGGACCCUGCAGGCUCUAUUGACAAUGUAGAAAAAUUUAAAGAAUGAGGACAUUCAGAGGUUAAUGGGAACACUGACAUGAACUUUGAAAUAAACAGUAUGUAAAAUGUAAAGAGGAAACUUCAAGAGAGGCCAAUCAUGAAGUGACUUGUGACAUUCUGUGGCUAUUUCUAGAAAACACAGUUUUUGGCAAUUAAAUUUAAAAGCUAUGAAAUUUA